AACAUGGAUGAGUGUUUGAAGCACAACAAAAUUGCAUUGCUGGACAGAAGCUCAACGUGAGCAAUGAUAAUGAAGAAUUCCCACGCAUAGCUCUGUAGUUCUAUAAUACCAACUUGCCUUUUGCCUACGUUCACCAUCGCAACUGAUCCGUGACAUACGUUUCCUGUGUUGUUCUUUGCUGUCAUUUCGCAUCGUUCAAUUAGGUCUCAUCCGUCAACGUCCACGUCAAACCCUCUCGCAGGCGAGAGCUCUCUCUGAAACCAAGAUAACCUAUAAACACUCGUACCAAUCUACCCUAAUCUCAUGCCGUUACCGGACGAACGACCCCGACAAAGCGUCGCGAAUCUGAUCGGACGGUUCGAGCAACAGACCAAACGUCAGUCGCUUACGCCCCCAAAUGGACUGAAUAUUCCGAUAGUCCCAAGGGCCCCAAGUGCGCUGUCGCAUCAUAUAGGAGAUGCGGGGAAGGAGAAUAGCAAGGAGAAGACAGAAUUGCAACCCAAAGCGAAAGUCGCAUCGGCGGAUGUACCCGAGCCGGUCAAGGACGUAGAGGAUGUAAAGCCAACCUCCCCGGUCGAUGCGCCAGUAUCCCAUCCAACCUCGUCUGAACCUAUCAUAAAGGCGGACGAUGUUGUCCCUGGUGAAAUUAUACCAGAUGAAAAGGAUGUAGCACCAUCGGCACCAGAGCCACAACCCCAAGCCACGUCUGAUCCUCCCUCGCCAGAGCGCACUCAGGCCUCUGCUAAGACCACUAUUCGUGCACCAUCUACGCCUUCAAAAUCCAGGCCCAUUCCAACGAAGGCGGCUCCCAAAUUCAGUCGAACACCUGCCAAGUCGCCUCCAUCUUCCUAUCAUACUGCACUUCCAGCAUCUACGUCCGCGCCGUCUGCGCCAUCACUCAGGGCGUCGGUCUCAAGCCCGCCUUCCAAGGCAGCUGCUCGGCCACGUCCGUCCUCGAGUGCUUCAAAUCGACCUUCGGUGACGCCUGCUCGUGCGAAGACACCGUCCAGUUCACGCCCCAAGACUCCAUCUUCGUCCACCCCAGCACGUGCCAAAAGCCCCGCUUCUACAACCAAAACACCUUCUUCGGGUUUGUUUGCGCCUACGGCUGCCUCUUUGGCGCGUGCGCGAAAUGCACCAGAACAGCCUGCGGUGCCUAUUCGUAAGCAGACGACAAGCACGACGGUUUCCGAUAGACUCAGUAAACCCACGGCCGCGAGCCUUUCCAAGGCCAGGACGCCGACCUUACUGCCUCAGCAGAAGGUAUCUACAGCUACGAAUAAGACCCUAGCUAGAAGUUCUACGCCUGCUCGUGGGACACUUGCCACAAGAGGAAGAGGCGCCGCUCCUAAGACUCGCGGAGGAGCACCCGGUGCGAAGGCGAAGGAUGCUAAAGCCACUGUUCCUACAAAGAAACCAGCAGCUUCUCCGCAAGAACCCGUGUAUCCUGCUUUAACGGACGAUCAUCCACAUGUUGCGGACGAAGAAGAACAUCAGGAAGUCGAAGUGGUCCAUGAUCAGGAGGGCUCGGCUACUACUACUGCUACGUUGGUGGAGCACCAUGAUGCUGCUGGAUCUGCCGCCGAGAUUACUCAAGAGCCCGAGCAUGAUGAGCUUGUCCUCGAGAAGGCUGAGGAGCACGUUAUUCACGACGAGCCACAUCAUGACGCUGACCUCGAGUUCCAUGAGCACGAGGCGGACGAAGUUGUUGUUGCAGAACCUGAGCCAGUCGAGGCUGAGGCCGUAGUCGAGGCUGAGCCAUCGACUGCAGAAGGAGGUGACGAGACGGACGACACCCACGUCGCCGAUCCUGUACCCUAUGUCAAACCCGCCGAUAACUUGGACGACAUCGUGAACAUGCUCGAGUCAAAGCCUCUGUUCUCUUCGGUUCAUGUUGAGAAGAAUGUGAAGGCUGCUGAAGACAUUGACGUUGCGGGCGAGAUACCUGACGAAGAAUGAAGGUAUUACUAAAUGCGAAGUUAUCUCAAUUGUACAAAGGUCUGUAUCUAAUCGGUUCGGUGUUUUCUUUUCUUUUCGCUAAUGGCUUUUCCUGAUAGCGUUCUCUGACUUGAUGAAGAACUCCUGAUAUCUCUUACACGCUGUCUUCGCUCUUUUGCAUUUUCCAAGUUGACGUAUACCCUCCCAUAUGUUAUUGCCUCGAUUGAAGUCUGUCCUUCCUCUGUGUCCGUUUUGGUUCCCUCUUACUAUGCUUGCAAUUUCGCUGCUUCUGGUUUUGAAUCUCGACCCUAUUUGUUACCCUACAUCUUGAGUCGUUCAUUAUCUUCUGUCGUAGAAACAGGCUGAUAGCAUCUUGUCAACCUGUUCUCAUCGCCGCUAGUGCCCUACACUUAAAUAGACCUGGUGUUGAUGUGCGCUUCUGAAAUCCAAUUUAUUAUCAGCUUGACAGUAGAAUUUUUGACGCCCAGCCUCUGUUCUUUCAUGCCCACUACCAUCAUCCAUUCAUUAAGACGAGUUGUCCCUUUUCAAACUUC